CUGCAAAUUCGCCCAUAGUCCUCAGUUUAGUAGACCCUGGUCCCCAUACGCUAGUAAUAUCACCAAUUAUUAAAGCCCGCAAAAACAGUCGUGGUGGGAGCGCAAAAUAAAACCGCGCCUUUUGGAUGUUAUUUUUGCGCAUUUUUUAUGUCGCUGGCCGCCCAUUUUGCUUAGGCAAAGCGAUGAAUUUUGAAUUUGAGAGGGAGAUUGGGUUCAUCAACAGCCAGCCUUCCCUUGCUGAGUGCCUGACGUCUUUCCCCGCUGUCCUGGAGUCAUUUCAAACUUCAUCAAUCAAGGACUCGACAGUAAUUCCACCUCCUUUCGAGCACACUAUCCCCAGCCUGAGCCCUUGCACAGGCAACCAGGCGCGACCGAGGACCCAUAAGCGAACCGCCUCUAAUGGCCUCCAGCUCCGGACGCAAACCACGCCACCAACGCAGCAGAAGCAGGGCCCGGCUCCAGCCACAGCCGGCGGCCCCCUUGCCCACGAGUUCCCAUGGAUGAAGGAAAAGAAGUCGUCGAAGAAAUGCCCAAAGCCGGGAGCAGCACUCACUGCAGCCACUGCAGCUGCCUCUCCCUCUCCAGCAUCCUCUGGUUUCACCACCGCAGGACUCGAGUCGCCCACAGAACUGCAAGUCGGGUUGGACAAUGGCAGCGGGUCUCGGCGUCUGAGGACAGCCUACACCAACACACAGCUACUCGAACUGGAGAAGGAGUUCCACUUCAACAAAUAUCUUUGUCGGCCCAGAAGGGUCGAAAUUGCAGCUCUUUUGGAUCUAACCGAACGCCAGGUCAAAGUGUGGUUCCAAAAUCGGCGCAUGAAGCACAAGCGACAAACCACGCACCACCGAGACGGACAAGAAGGCGAGUCGAGCGGUUUCGAGCCACUCGAAGGCUCAGAUGCAGCCUCGCCUUUCCCGAACCCGCCACCGGAGCCGUCCGGUCCUACAGCAUCUAGUUCUAGUUCGGCUAGUGCAUCCGAGAGUGAGCCGUGCCUUCCGGCUUCCUGCUACAGCAAUAGUGCUGACAAUACCCAUCCCACGCCUGAGGAAAGCCAGCCAAUACAGACCGAGUCGGCAGAUGGUCCUGACACAGCGGUUCACUCACCCCCGUACCCGACACCCACAGCCGAUAACCCUGGUACAAUGGCAGAGUCGCGCGAGGAAUUGCCAGAGAACGCCUUCACACAGCCGCAGGACGCCAACUCACUAGCGGAUCUGAAUUUCUUUUCCGCCGACUCCUGCCUACAGAUUUCGGACGCUUUAUCGCCCAGUCUACAGAGUUCGCUGGAUAGCCCCGUAGACUUCUCCGAAGAGGAUUUUGACUUGUUUACAAGUACACUUUGUACUAUAGAUUUACAACAUUUACAGUUUUGACAGACUUAAAAACAAAAUCGAAAUGUAUCCAAUCACACUAGCCUAUUAUGAAUGCUUUUAACCACAACAUCCUCGAAAGAGAAGAGAAAAUACUUUUAGGUUACAUUCACACACAUAGCUGCGACACAGAGCUGUAGCGGAGACUAAUAAAUCACUACAGUAUUACGAUAUUGUUUAAGCGAAUUCACACCGGGAUUGCUAAUGUCCAGUUUCAGGUAUUUUCUCUUUUGUUUAUCUGGAUUUUACUUCAUCCUGAAUUAUGGAUAAAUAUGCGGGGACUUUUUUCAGUGAAACUCAAUCGUUGAAUUCUCAGGAAAGUCAAACAUAAUGUUAGCUGAACUGCUUUUAGAUUUUUUUCCGAAGACGGGCGUUGUGCCUGCUGAUGAAUUUUAGAGCUAGUUUAUUUAUUGAGAUUCUUUAAUAGUAAAUUACAAAUUAUUUAUUGUACAUUAUUUUCAUAGUUGAAAAUAAAACAUUUAUAAGUGUCA